UAACCACAGCCAGUAUCUGCACUGAGAUGACAUUACAGUCACCUUUACCUAGUGUAAACGGACAGCAUUCCCAUAGUUUACUUAGUGUAAACGGACAGCAUUCCCAAAUAGUUUACCUAGUGUAAACGGACAGUAUUCCCAUAUAGUUUACUUAGUGUAAACGGACAGCAUUCCCAUAUAGUUUACCUAGUGUAAACGGACAGCAUUUCCAUAUAGUUCAAAUGACUUAAUGCAAUUUGAACAGAAUGGAAUCAAAGAAGGACAAAGACAACGAACCAGAAUGUGCAAGGAUCACCAAUGGGCUUCUGAAGUCCCGAACAGGGGAAUUUGAUUUAGAGUCCAUUUUGUUUCUUAAACUAAGGGGUCUAGGAAUUUAUGACCUUGGUUGCAUUGGUGAAUGUAUAAACCUGGAGAGACUGGACCUCUCUGGGAAUAAUAUUACAAAUCUAGCACCUCUGGCAUCACUCAGGCUUCUUGUUGUGCUUAACCUGUCAGCUAACAGGAUAUCAAACUUAGAACCCAUCUCUAGCUGUGAAAGCCUUCAGAGUCUAAAUGUGGCCGGCAAUCUUAUAUGCAGCCCUGAUAACCUCCAUGCUCUGAAGUCUUUAAGAAAAUUAGAGAUAAUUAGACUGAAAGACAACACCUAUAAUUACACUAAUCCAGUUUGCAAGAAUUCCUCAUACAGAAACAUCCUCCUUGAAAUGUUUCCAAACAUCAAGGUGUUAGAUGGCGAACGGGUGGUUGGUCGUGGGAGUGAUCUAUAUCAGCUAUGUAAAGAUAUUGAUGAUACAAUAAAAGCAAGCAUAUUUAAAAAUUGCCAACUACCAGAACUGCCAGACUGUAAACCCUGGGUAGAAGACAGUUUUUGGGAGAUAAAGAGAUCAAAUAAUGCCAUUGUUGAUGAAGCUUACAAACAAUUUAAUGAUGUUCUUCACGAAUGCAGGCUGCUGAACAGUAGAGCAUCUCAUGCAAUCUCUCAAACUGAAAGAAGCCUUGGCCUCAAGAACCAACCAAAGCAGUAUGCUGUUUAAAAUCAGAAGCUGUGCCACAGUGAAUAUUUUGAGUAUACCGAAACAGCUUUGCUGUUUUUUUACUUUCAUCUUUUUCUUUUUUAACACACUUGCUUCUUUGUGCGUUUAAAGAUUUGUAUGCUUGAGACAUCACCAGUGCCAGAACUCUCAACUAGGUGUUGCCUGCAUUGUGAAAGUUUAGUUAACUAUGAUUUUGUCCUUUAUGGUUAUCCAACACAGAAAAGACCUGACAUUUAUAAACUGAAUUCAGUUUUGACUGUCAUUUCAGGAUGUUCCAUGAGUUGUUUUUGGACUUGUAACACAGCAGCAUUGUUUAAAGCAAUAACAGCUUAAAAUGUGUUUGUGAAGCCCUUUUGAGGCUUUUCUGUAUUGACCAUUGUUGGCUUUCCAGUACUAAACCUCUUGGUUGCGUUUUUAUUGGAUUUUGUACUUAUUGGGUGCUUUAUAUGAAUGCUUGUAGUUUUUGCAUCCUAAGUGUACUUUGUAUUUUUUUUAACCCUUUUUUCUCAUGUAUCUAUCUAUAUCAGAGUCAAUAGUGACAUAAAUCUAUAUUUGUGUGUUUGUACACUGGGGAAACUUGAUCCCCUGCUGAUUUUGUCAUUUUAACCCCUUUACAAAGACAUGGGUUGUCUAUAAUUUGCCAUGUUAGGUUUAUUUUAACACAGAGACAGAAUAUCAACAAAGAUAUAAAAACACUAAAGGUUAUACAUUAAUUUAUAUAUGAUUAAGUGAAAUAACUUUGAUCCUCAAGCAAAACGUGACUUAGUACUUGGUGGAGAAACCCUUGUUAGCAGUCACAGAUCAGGUGUUUCUUGUAGUUGGUCCCCAGGUUUGUGUAUGUCUCUGGGGUGAUUUUGGCCUACUCCUCUUCACAGACACUCUGUGAGGCCUGGCCACUAAGUGAGACUUCAUUUAGAAGCAAGUGGAUCCUUUCUCCACCUGCAGGUUCCUAUUCAGUGGGAGGAAAGAAACGUUACAGUCAUAAAAGGACCAGGAGGCAAAUGGAUGAUUCCUCCUGAAGCCAAAGAGUCAAUGGACAGAAGCAAAAUAGGGCUAAAGGGUAUGUCCACUUCCUUUGUCAUGUAUUUAUCUUGCAUUUUCUGUUGUUGUUCACAUCAUGAUUGCUAAUGCUCAGGUCCUCUGAAAACACAUAUUCCUAAUCCUGAAGGUUUUGAAGAUGUUGCUUAGCAACACGAUGUUUGAGCUCCUUCCACAGAUUUUCUAUAGGAUUAUGGUCCAGAGACUGGCUAGGCCACUCCAGGAUCUUAAUGUGAUCCUUCUUAAGACACUCCUUUGUUGCCUUGGCCAUAUGUUUUGGAUCAUUGUCAUGCUGGAAGACCCAUCCACGACCAAUCUUCAGUGUUCUGGCUGAGGCUAGGAGGUUCUCAUUCAAGAUUCUACUGUACAUGGCCCCGUUCAUCAGCCCCUCAAUCCCUUGAAGUAUUUCUGUACCCGUUGCAGAGAAACAGCCAAAUGCAGAAUGUUUCCACCUCUGUUUGACAGUGGGGAUGGUGUUCUUGGGGUCAUAUCCAGCAUUUCUAUGCCUCCAAACACAGUGAGUCGAGUUGAUGCCAAAGAGCUCAAUUUUGUUCUCAUCUGACCACAUCACAUUCUUCAAGACUUCUCUGAAUCAUUCACUGGCAAACUUUAGAUGGGCCUGUACAUGAGCCUUCUUGAGCAGAGGGGCUUUGUGGGCAUUGCAGGUUCAUAAUCCAUUACGGCAAAGUGUGUUAUUAAAGGUUUUCUUGGUGACUGUGCUCCAAGCUUCCUUGAGAUCAUUUACAAGCUCUUCCUGUGUAAUUAUGGGCUGACACCUCAUCUCUCUCAUAAUCAUCCUUACCCCACAAGGUGAGAUCUUGCAUGGAUCUCCAGAGCGAGGGCGAUUGACUGUUAUUUUGUAUUUCUUCCAUUUUCAAAUUAUCAUGCCAACAGUGGUCUCUUUCUCACCAAGCUCCUUACUGAUUUUCCUGUAGCCCAUUCCAGCCUUGUGCAGGUCUACAAUCUUCUCCCUGAUGUCCUUUGACAGCUCUUUAGUCUUACCCAUGGUAGUCAAGGGGAAAUAAAAUACUUAUUUCACUUAAUAAAAUACAAAUUGUAACCUUUA